GCAGCCGCCAGACACGUCGGCCGAGGACGCCCGGCUGCGUCCGCCUGGGCGCCUUACGGGAUGGUGCUAUGGCGCGGCCGUCGGGGGACGCGCAGCGCCAGGAGCCCGAGCAACGGCCAAUGCCGCUGGUCUCCUACCAGCACGUGCCCGUGCAUCUGGCCGGCGGCGCGCCCUGGGGCUUCACCCUCGAGGGCGGGCUGGAGCACGGCAAGCCCCUCAUCGUCUCCAAGGUAGAGGAUGGAGGGAAGGCAUCCUUGUCGCAGAAUAUGUGUCCUGGGGACGAGCUGGUGAACAUCAACAGGACGCCCUUGUAUGGUUCUCGGCAGGAGGCCCUCAUCCUCAUCAAGGGCUCCUACCGCACCCUCAAGAUGAUCAUCCGGAGGAGGAUUGUGCCUCUCAUCAGGCCCCACUCAUGGCACCUGGCCAAGCUCUCCGGAGUCCGGACUGAGGCUGACGCCACCAUGCACUUUCCGGCCGAUGCCUUCAGCCUCUCCUGGCACUCAGGCUGCGACCCCAGUGAUCUUCCCUUGCCCUGGAACCCCCUCGCUCGCCACUGCAGCACAGACAAGAGCAGCUCCCUCGGGAGCAUGGAAAGCUUGGAUCAGAGUGGCCAGACAUACUACGAGGGCAGCCUCUCUCCCACUGACCAGACCAUGUACCAGAACAAGCGGGACUCUGCCUACAGCUCCUUCUCGGCCAGCUCCAACGCUUCUGAUUCCGCCCUGCGGCCCGAGGACAGCGGUGUCCCCGAAGGCCUCCCACCAGACACCCGUUACCUGCAGACCAGUGGCGAAGCUGUGGCGGCGUUGGGCCUGCACGCCUUGCCCAGCCGGACUGCCCCCAGUGCCAGGACAGCCCCCUGCCCUCAGGACAGUCACUUCCCCAGCUCUACCAGAGCUGUUGUGUCCACCCCUCCCCAGCCGCCAGUGAGGCAGGACAGCCUGCGAGCCUGUAACCCACCCCCAACCAACACAGAAGGCCGUCGGAAGGACUCCCCCCAACUCAAGGCCCGCUGGACCUCGGACACGCUCCUUUCUGUACGAGGCAGGGACCCUGAGCUGGGCAAGGAGUCGCCCACAGAGCAUUACUACUUGCUGAGUUCUCAUGCUGACCAGCCCACCCCCAUGGAGAAGGAAGCCCAGAGUGCCAACUCCCUUCCAGGUGAGGAGAGCAGUGGGGAGCACCUCCUGGGCAAGCCACACACGGGCAGCCACGAAUCCUCCGUGACCAAGCAGGGCAGCCCCGAGGGUGCCUGCCUGCCCCACUGGAAGGCCUGCUGGGCUGGAGCACUGAGCCAUCGUCACAGUGCCCCGGAGCACCUGCUGGCAUCCCAGCUGCAGGCUCUGAACGUCUCCAGCCCCCAGGAGGACUCCCACUGGACUGUGUCUCCACUGCACAUGGAGCAAAGGAGCAACCCAGGGGCCCAGCAGAGUCAGGGCUCCCCCAGAAAGGUGCAAAGCCCCCAUUCCACAAGCAGCCGCUGCCACAUGGGGCCAGAACGACCCAGGAGUGCCUCUGUCGAACUGGCAUCCUCCCCACUUCUGCAGCCCACUGGAGACGCCAGCACAGACCUGAAGGAGGCAUCCGGCAUGGAGGCAUCGGCAGAGGUGGGGCAGGAGGAGGAAGGGAGCAUCGUGGACACCAGGAAGUGGGGGUCGUCUCAGCACCGCUCAGCCCAUAUGCGUCGGCGCAGCGACCGCUUUGCCACCAACUUGCGGAAUGAGAUCCAGUGGCGCAAAGCACAGCUGCAAAAGGCAAAGGGCUCCGCUCCGCUGUUGGAAGAAGGGGAGUCCAACCAGGAGGCAGGGGAGCCCCCUGGCAGCCCCCCUGCCCCUCCUUCCCUGCCCCACUCUCCUCCACCUCCCUUGCCCAAGGGCAGACCUACUGGCUUGACCCAGCAUAGAAUGCUGCUUCCCAGGCGCUGGGGCUCUGAGCUGAGUGUCUUUGCAGCGGACAGUGGUCUUCCCAGCCCCAGCAAGUGGAAGGUCCCUCUGCCGGAGCAUGACAAGCCCCAGGGAGCUUCUCCACCUGGAGGAAGUCGAGGGGGCCGCUGGCGGUGGUCACCAGAGCGCAAGCUGCAGCCCCACCAUCAGAGCCAGCAGGUGACUGAUUCUGGGAGCCCCUUGCCACCCCCUGAGGAUUCUGGCCUCCUGCCUUUUGCUGACCGGAGGAAGUUCUUCGAGGAGACAAGCAGACCACUGUCCUCUGGGGGCUUCGGCUGCCAGAACAACAGGCCAGUGGGGGUACCCCUCCCCAGGAUGGUGGACCAAGACUCCUUCCAGCCAGCCAGAUCCGAGCAUGGGGACCAGCGCCGCCACUCUGUGGACCAGCCCUACAGGCUCCUGCAGCCCCCACCACCCCACACCUACCAGGACUUCCUUCCAAAGGUGUCUGCCUUUUGCAAGCCAUUGGCCCAGUGUGGGGGAGACUGUGAUCACUGGCGCCCCCUUCCCUGCUCACAUGCAGCCCGGGAAGCCUGUGCUUGCUGCUAUGGGGAUCGGUGCCCUGCAGCUCAUCACAGGAACAUGCCGGCAGCAUCUGGCCACUGGGCCCACCACUGCCACUCGCACGCCUGGAAUCGCUGCAGUGACUGCUGCUGCUGCCCAGCACAGCACAAGUUCUUGGAGGAGGGGGGACCGUGGCAUGCGAGGAAGACCUUUCUAGCGGACUUUUCCAUGGGUGAGUGGGAGCCUCCUUCACCCAGCAGGAAGACAAUGAGCCCAUCAAUGAGAGAACUUACACAACACAAGGUGGGCCUUGCAAGGGUCAGCCCCUUUUGGACCUGCUCAGAGGCCUCCGAGGCAGAAUGGCACCCUUCCUGCCACGCUGGGCCCACUCACAGCCUCUCCUGGGACGGCAAGAAGCCUGGGCAAGCAGCAGAGAAACCGGCCUACAAAGAGGACCCUGCCAGCCCUCACAGACACCCCCUGCGUGAAAGGGCCUACUCAGAGAACCACCUCUGUGCAGAGCAGGCUGGUGCUUCCGGGAGGGAGAGACGAGAAGCCCCCCUGGCCAAGCUGAAGGAGGAGGCCUGGCUGGAGUCUCCCCGGGCAGCCAAGCAAAAGGGCCUGCCCCCUCCACGGCCCCCGCCACCAAACUGGGAGAAAUACCGCCCCUGCCGUGCCUCCCACAGCCAUCUGCUUCCCCCCAAGGCCGGCCCACGCCCCCACCUGGAAGAAGCCUGUGCCCAUGGCCAGAGCAGCAGCAAGGUGGCAAGGCAGCGGUCUCAGAGCCUGCCCCUGGAGCAGCUGUGGGGGGAGGCCAGCCAGCAGCUCAGCCCCAGGCCUCAAGAAGCCCCCCACUCCCCCUACCGCUAUGACAGUUUGCCACGUCGGACCCCAGAGUGGGCAGUGCCAGACGGGAGCAGCCAGAGUGGGUCAUCCAGGCAAGUAGUGCAUUGCUUUCUGCCUCUUGUGGCUCAUAGGUUGCGGGUGUGGGAUGGGGAUGGUGGUCUGUACAGAGGGGGUGCCCCACCAAAGAAGCAAGAAGAGGCACCAGCUGUGUCUGUGUUCAGGCCUGCAUGUUCCCAGGAGGAGGCAGCAACACCCGUGCCCCCUUGGGAAAAGGGGAAGGAUGGAUCGGCCAGCAGGACCCCCGAGCCGGUGUCAGCCAUCCCCUCCAGCCUUGCCUCCAAGGAGCUAGAGGGGGUUGAAGGAGAUGCCUGCCGCCCAGGUACGGUGGGUCCAGUGCCCCCCUUCCGCCUGAACUCGGAGGAGCUGAUGAGGGACGUGGCAGGCAGGGAUCGCUCCCUGGCUGGAGUGCUCAGCCCCACCUUGGGUCUGGUGACGGCAGCAGAAGUGAUGGGGGACCUCUUCUCCCCUGGUGUGGGUGCUGUGUGGCAGGGGCACGACUGGCCCCCUCAGGCUGGUGCUGUGGGACUCUCGGCAAGGCAACCCAGCCAGCCUGUCUCCCCAACCUGUGGGGGAGCUGCCAGCCCCACCUCCUCCUGCUCUGCCUACUAUAACCUGUCAGCCGGCAAGGCUGAGCUACUGAACAAGAUGAAGGAGUUGCCUGAGGGGGCUGGAGCCAGUUCGGAGGAGGAAGAGGUGGACCAUGACCUGGCCAGGAAGAAGGUGCAGCUGAUUGAGAGCAUCAGUCGGAAGCUGGGGGUGCUGCAGGAGGCUCAGCGGGGCUUGCAUGAUGACAUGAAUGCCAACAUGGUGCUGGGCAGAGAGCUGGAGAGCCACAUCAAGGAGGUCUGCAAGCCCCAUGAAUACGAGAAGUUCCACCUCUUCAUCGGAGACUUGGAGAAGGUGGUCAACCUCCUCUUGUCCCUCUCAGGGCGGCUGGCAAGGGUGGAGAAUGCCCUCAGCAGCCUGGACUUGGAUGCCACUGCAGAAGAGGAGAAGCUGGCCCUCCUGGAGAAGAAGCGGCAGCUGAUGGCGCAGCUGGAGGAUGCCAAGGAGCUGCAGGACCACGUCUCCCAUCGGGAGCGCUUGGUCUUCACCAGCAUCUCACGCUGCCUGCCUGCUGAGCAGCUGCAGGACUACCAGCACUUUGUGCGCAUGAAGUCAGCACUCAUCAUUCAGCAACGGCAGCUGGAGGACAAGAUCAAACUGGGCGAGGAGCAGCUGCGCUGCCUGCGGGAGAGCCUACGCAAGGGGCCCAGGGAAUACUAACCAAAGCCAGCUGGGCUUUCCUGCAUCGCAGGGGCCUGGGCUAGAUGACCCUCAGGGUCCUCUCCAACUGUACCAAUUCAUAUUCAGCUGGAGCCUUCCUUAGGGGACUGCAGGCCAGCUUUGUGCUCACAGUGCCUUCUUGCUCUCAGGACAAUUAUGAUUGUUGCCAAAGAUUGCUAUGCCAGAUCACUGCAUCCCCACCCCUCCUCUUCCAUGGCUGGGUUUGGGGGCUCAACCAAAGUGUGCUUUGCCAGGAAGACAAUGACACCAGCUGCUCAGGAAGGUGAGGAAGGGAUUCCUGGAGCUCCACUGGGAUGAGGACUCCCAGGGAGGCAGCCUGAGUGCCUUGGAUAACUUUCCAUCUUCUCCUCUCUGGAGCCACCAACCACCCAGCCAAGGAAGCUCCCCUAAACAGCAGCAUAAUCCUCUGGCACCCACUGCUUAUUCCAAGGCCUGGCUUCGCCUUGCAUGCCUUUCCUGCCUCCUGCUGCACAAUUAAUUAAUUUAUACCUAUCUUAGCUUUCCUUCACCAAGAUAAUUGUGAAGGAUGGGGGUGAGGUGACUGGGGUGGGCCAACACAAACCUCAGCCACAUCCCUUAAGGGUGACAUGUACUGCACCUCUCAUUGGUAUGCCAAGCUUAGGAUGUGUUGUGGUGGCUGCAGAGGAGUCUGUGCCCCUUCCCCUGCCCUCUGGAAGUGGCUUCUCUGCAAAGGUGGGGUUUUUUUGUGGGGGGAGCCUUCAAGCACAGAAACCACCCCCCAUACAUGCUUUCCAGUUCCUUUUGUUCCAUUUGCCUCCUUCCUCUCAUUCCCCUCCCAGCACCUCAAUCCAAAGUUUCUCUUGCCAAGUUCAAGGGCAGGAAAAAAAUCCUCAUCUUUCCCCAUAUUGAGAUCUCUUGCUGGGGAGUUGCCAUUUCAAGUUGUUUUGAGCUCUGCUCAUUUCCUGCACAAUCGUGUUGGGGGAAAACUGAGGACCUGUUUGUGGAUCCUCCUCCUCCUCCUUCUCUCUCUCUCUCUGGGUGCCUCAUGGCCUGGGGAGCUGCAGCAAGCCCCUUGUACACUGCAGAUUGGCCGCUGCUUCCUUGAUCUGCUGAGCCCCACUGGUGCUGAGCCCUCUCAGCUCUACCCAGAGGCAAUCAGAGGAACCAGUGAGGGCAGUGAAGGUCCUGUGUGUCUGGAGGCAGUUGGAGGAUGGAUA